UGUCAGCUUCCGGUGUGCAGGAUAGUGGAGCCGCGCUAAAUCCCCGGGUCACGUGACUUCUCCUCGACGCUCCGCACGUUCGCCCCAAGCCGCUUUUUUUCCGCGCGGCGUGCCCACGUCGCGCACCACCGGGAGGAGGAAUGGCGCGGCGUAGAAGGCGCGGGGUGUCCGCCUGAAGCUCGCGGGGGGGUGAAGAAGAAGCGGCUUUUUUCCCCGCGGCGGCACGCCAUGGACAGCCCGGGCGGCGAGAAGGCGCCGCGGGCUGCGGAUUAUUUGCAGAAGAUCAUCGACACGCAGCAGGACUUGUUGGAGCAGCAGAAGCGGCACAUCGAGCACCUCCAGCGGCAAGUCCGCGACCUGAGCUCGCAGCACGUCAGCCUGAAGGAGCGCUUCCAGCGGCACCUCGGCAGCUGCCGCCUGCUGCAAGGCGCCGAGCCCGGGCACCUGCUGGCCGCCAUCCGCGAACACCGCUCCCCCGACAGGUCUGAAGGAGACACGUCCAGGAUGGUCAGGAGACAUUCCUCACUUCCGGUCCCCGCCCCAGAGCAUGCUGGGAGUUUGGUGUCAUCUGACAGCAGUGAAGGUGGUCCUUGUCACAGGUGGAAGUCUGCUUCUCUCAGUGUGGAAGGAGACGGUCGGUCCAAUGAGGGCGGUCCUUCUUCACUGGACGCAGCAGCAGGCUAUGGCCAGGGUCCGGUGACCCACGGGUCGGCCAUCGGUCCAGAGCGCUUGGACGGUUCCCUGUACAGCCACGGCGUUCCACCUGGACCUCAGAGACCUCGCCGGCCGAAGCUCCAGCACUCGCAGUCCAUCCUGCGGAAGCAGGCGGAGGAGGAGGCCAUCAAGCGAUCUCGCUCGCUGUCGGAGAGCUACGAGCUCUCUGCCGACCUGCAGGACAAGCAGGUGGAGAUGCUGGAGCGCAAGUACGGCGGGCGGUUCAUAACUCGACAUGCGGCCCGCACCAUCCAGACGGCUUUCCGCCAGUACCAGAUGAACAAGAACUUUGAACGCCUCAGGAGCUCCAUGUCUGAGAACCGCAUGUCCAGACGCAUCGUUCUGUCCAACAUGAGGAUGCAGCUGUCCUUUGAGGGCCCCGAGAAGGUGCACAGUUCCUACUUCGAAGGCAGGCAGGUGUCCAUGACGGAGGACGGCGCCAUGAUGCAGUCGGAAUGUGGAGACCUUCAGCUCCAUCAGCAGGCCAACAUGGCGUCUCACCCGCCGCCGCAGGGGGAUCUCACGGACGCCAUCACAGAACUGGAGGACGCCUUCUCCAGGCAGGUCAAGUCUUUGGCGGAGUCCAUCGACGACGCCCUGAACUGCCGCAGCCUUCAAGGGGACGAAGGCCCCGACUCUGAGGCGGGCAGGGAGGUCUCCUAUCAGGUCAAAUCCCAGCGCCGGGCAGGCGGACACCUUCACGAUGACACCAUGGCGUCUUACAGCGACGUCACUCUCUUCAUCGACGAGGACGACAUGUCGCCUCCAAUCGCUCUGUCCAGGUCGGGGGAGCAGCCCCCCGCCACGGAGUCGGACCUACGCUUGUCCCAGGACUACUGGCCUAUGGACUCCAAAGACGAGGGUCGCGACACGGACACUAGCUGUCGCAGUACCCCGUCUCUGGAGUGCCAAGAGCAGCGCCUGAGGAUGGACCACCUUCCUCUGCUGACCAUAGAACCUCCCAGCGACAGUUCGGCCGAGCUCAGCGAUCGCUCCGACCGCAGCUCGGUCAAACGGCCGCCCGUAUACGAAUCGCACGGCCACAUGGUCACGUCGUCCCAAGCCAGUCCCAAACACAUCUCCCACGGACCUCCGCCGCGGGCGCCCUCCCGCGACGAGGACGCGCCGCUCCGCCACCGCCACCGGCAGCUGGAGAGCCACCUGGCCAUCAACGGCUCGGCCAACCGGCAGAGCAAGUCGGAGUCUGACUUUUCCGACGGGGACAACGACAGCAUCAACAGCACGUCCAACUCCAACGACACCAUCAACUGCAGCUCCGAGUCCUCGUCCAGGGACAGCCUGAGGGAGCAGACCCUCAGCAAGCAGACAUACCACAAGGAGACGCGCAACAGUUGGGACUCGCCCAUCUUCAGCAACGACGUCAUCCGCAAGAGACACUACCGGAUCGGCCUCAACCUCUUCAACAAGAAACCAGAAAAAGGGAUCCAGUACUUGACCGAGCGAGGAUUCAUCCCCGACACGCCGGUCGGUGUCGCUCACUUCCUGCUCCAGAGGAAAGGUCUGAGCAGGCAAAUGAUCGGCGAGUUCCUCGGGAACCGACAGAAGCAAUUCAACCGAGACGUCUUGGAUUGUGUGGUGGAUGAGAUGGACUUCCAGAGCAUGGAGUUGGACGAGGCUCUCAGGAAGUUUCAGAAUCACAUUCGUGUGCAAGGAGAAGCUCAGAAAGUGGAGCGACUCAUUGAAGCUUUCAGCCAGCGGUACUGCAUCUGCAACCCGACAGUGGUGCGUCAGUUCCGUAACCCGGACACCAUCUUCAUCCUGGCCUUCGCCAUCAUCCUGCUCAACACCGACAUGUACAGUCCCAACGUCAAGCCCGAGAGGAAGAUGAAGCUGGAGGACUUCAUCAAGAACUUACGAGGUGUGGACGACGGGGAAGAUAUUCCCAGGGAGACUCUGGUUGGAAUCUACGAGAGGAUCCGGAAACGGGAGCUGAAGACCAACGAAGACCACGUGUCUCAAGUUCAGAAGGUGGAGAAGCUCAUUGUGGGAAAGAAACCCAUCGGAUCCCUCCAUCACGGCCUGGGAUGUGUUCUUUCGCUUCCUCAUCGACGUUUGGUUUGUUAUUGUCGCCUCUUUGAAGUUCCUGAUCCCAACAAACUGCAGAAACUUGGACUUCAUCAGCGAGAAAUCUUCUUGUUCAACGAUCUACUUGUGGUGACCAAGAUCUUCCAGAAGAAGAAGAACUCGGUGACCUACAGUUUCCGACAGUCCUUCUCUCUCUACGGGAUGCAAGUUCUGUUGUUUGAAAAUCAAUAUUAUCCAAACGGAAUCCGCCUCACGUCGGCUAUUCCAGGAGCAGACAUCAAAGUUCUCAUCAACUUCAACGCACCAAACCCUCAGGACCGCAAGAAGUUCACAGACGACCUGAGAGAGUCCAUUGCCGAGGUCCAAGAAAUGGAGAAAUACAGAAUAGAAUCGGAGCUGGAGAAGCAGAAAGGCGUGGUGAGGCCCAGCAUGUCUCAGAGUUCGGGCCUGAAGAAAGAGGCUGGAAACGGCAGCAUGAACCGAGCCAGUCUGGACGACUCGUACGCCAUGAGCGAGGGUCUGAAGAGGAGCGCGCUCAGCAGCUCCUUACGAGAUCUCUCUGAAGCAGGCAGGCGGGGGCGUCGCAGCAGUGCAGGAUCACUAGACAGCAAUAUGGAAGGCUCCAUCAUUAGCAGCCCGCACACGCGGCGGAGAGCCGCCGGCGGCACCGCCGCCGCCGCCCCGCCACGUGAGCCUCCCCCCCUCCCCAACUCGGCAUCCACCUCCAUCCUGGGCUCGCUGUUCGGCGCCAAGAGAAGCAAGGGGUCGGCGCAGGGCCACGCCCCCGCCGGCCACCCCACCCUCAUAUCCCACAAGCCCCACCCGACCAACCUGCACCACACGGCGCAGGUGGUGCACCACCACCCGCAGUACUGCCAGGUGCCGCAGAACCCGCCGCCGUACCACCACCACCACCACUACCACCCGCCGCCGCACACGCAGUACCACAAGCACCCCGCCUACUCCUCGCACGCCCACGCCCACUACGGCCAGCACCACGCCGCCCCGCCGCAUGCCGCCCAGCAGGCGGGCGCCGCGCCCGGCGGACCCAAGCCCAAACACAGCGGCAUCAGCACGGUGGUGUGACUCGGCGGCGGCGACUGUUUCCCCCGACACCAAAGGACCGACGGCACCGACUGUCCACUGUGUUCACUGCUGUUGCCAUGGAAACCACCUGCAGACCCCGCCCCACCGCAAGCCUUGAAGGCCGCUCGGUCUCCUCUGGGCUGCCCCGCCCCCCUUUUUUUUUCCAGCCGGGGUCACGUGACAGGAAGUAGUAUAAUCCGCAGGUGGAAAUAUAAUCUUUGACAAAGUGUAGUGAAGUAUUUAGUGUAGCUGAUUAGUUCCUAAUUAAAUGUGCCAAUUAUUAUAUUGUGUGUAUAGUACAUCAUCAUCAUUGUUGUUGUUGUUGUUGUUGUCGUCAGUGAAGACCCCUCCCACAAACAACAUGGAGGACACUUCAUAAGUUAUUAUUAUUCAACACGGAGGAGACGUCAUACGUUGUUAAUAUUAGGAGGGUCACGAUACCACGCCCAGUAUCGUACCAAUGUCCGUCCGAUAUCAACAGGAAUCGUGCCCGUAUUGUUUCCUAUCGCCAUGAUCCGACAUCGUAGCGACUUUUGUAAAAAUGAAGAGCAAAAGAGCAAAAGUUCAUGUUUUUGUUUUCGGGACGUGACAAUUCAUGAAGUCAGGCUCACGGCCUUGUGAAGUGGAGCGAUACAGACACAGGAAUUGUGCCCGUAUUGUUGUUUUUUUAUCGCCAUGAUCCGACAUCGUAACGACUUUAGUAAAAAUGAAGAGCAAACUUCAAGUUUUUGUUUUCGGGUCACAAAAAUUCAUGAAGUCAGGCUCACGGCCUUGUGAAGUGGACCGAUACGGACACGUUUGUUACCGGAUGGAAGUAUCAUUGUUGUUAAUAUUAGGAGGACAUUGUUGUCAGUAUUAGGAGUGUCACGAUACCACGCUCUAAAAGACCCGUAUCGUACCAAUGCCUGUCCGAUAUCAACUGGAAUCGUGCCCGUAUUGUUUCCUAUCGCUGCGAUCCAACAUCGUAGCGACUUUUGUAAAAAUGAAAAGCAAACUUCAAGUUUUUGUUUUUUGGGUUGUGACAAUUCAUGAAGUCAGGCUCACGGCCUUGUGAAGUGGAGCGAUACAGACACGUUUGUUAUUGGAUACUUCCAUCCAAGGCGGAAGGAAGUAUCAUUGUUGUUAAUAUUAGGAGGACAUUGUUGUUCAUAUUAGGAGUGUCACAAUACCACGCUCUAAACGACCCGUAUCGUACCAAUGUCCGUCCGAUAUCAACAGGAAUCGUGCCCGUAUUGUUUCCUAUCGCCAUGAUCCGACAUCGUAGCGACUUUUGUAAAAAUGAAGAGCAAAAGUGGGCUUCGAGUUUUUGUUUUUCGGGUUGUGACAAUUCAUGAAGUCAGGGUCACGACAUUCUGAAGCAGAGUGAUGCGGAAUCGUGCUCGUAUUGUUUCCUAUCACCACGAUCCGUCAUCGUAGCGACUUUUGUAAAAAUGAAGAGCAAAAGAGCAAAAGUUCAUGUUUUUGUUUUCGGGACGUGACAAUUCAUGAAGUCAGGCUCACGGCCUUGUGAAGUGGAGCGAUACAGACACAGGAAUUGUGCCCGUAUUGUUGUUUUUUUAUCGCCAUGAUCCGACAUCGUAACGACUUUAGUAAAAAUGAAGAGCAAACUUCAAGUUUUUGUUUUCGGGUCACAAAAAUUCAUGAAGUCAGGCUCACGGCCUUGUGAAGUGGACCGAUACGGACACGUUUGUUACCGGAUACUUCCCUCCGACUUGGAGGGAAGUAUCAUUGUUGUUAAUAUUAGGAGGACAUUGUUGUCAGUAUUAGGAGUGUCACGAUACCACGCUCUCAAAGACCCGUAUCGUACCAAUGUCUGUCCGAUAUCAACAGGAAUCGUGCCCAUAUUGUUUCCUAUCGCCGCGAUCCAACAUCAUAGCGACUUUUGUAAAAAUGAAAAGCAAACUUCAAGUUUUUGUUUUUUGGGUUGUGACAAUUCAUGAAGUCAGGCUCACGGCCUUGUGAAGUGGAGCGAUACAGACACGUUUGUUAUUGGAUACUUCCAUCCAAGGCGGAAGGAAGUAUCAUUGUUGUUAAUAUUAGGAGGACAUUGUUGUUCAUAUUAGGAGUGUCACAAUACCACGCUCUAAACGACCCGUAUCGUACCAAUGUCCGUCCGAUAUCAACAGGAAUCGUGCCUGUAUUGUUUCCUAUCGCCAUGAUCCGACAUCGUAGCGACUUUUGUAAAAAUGAAGAGUAAAAGUCGGCUUCGAAUUUUUGUUUUCGGGUCGUGACAGUUCAUGAAGUCAGGGUCACGACAUUCUGAAGCAGAGUGAUGCGGAAUCGUGCCCGUAUUGUUUCCUAUCACCACGAUCCGUCAUCGUAGCGACUUUUGUAAAAAUGAACAGCAAAAGAGCAAAAGUUCAUGUUUUUGUUUUCGGGUCGUGACAAUUCAUGAAGUCAGGCUCACGGCCUUGUGAAGUGGAGCGAUGCGGACACGUUUGUUACCGGAUACUUCCGUCCGACUUGGAGGGAAGUAUCAUUGUUGUUAAUAUUAGGAGGCCAUUGUUGUUAAUAUUGGGAGUGUCACGAUACCACGCUUUAAAUGACCUGUAUCGUACCAAUGUCUCUCCGAUAUCAACAGGAAUUGUGCCCGUAUUGUUCUUUUUAUCGCCAUGAUCCGACAUUGUAACGACUUUUGUAAAAAUGAAGAGCAAACUUCAAGUUUUUGUUUUCAGGUCACAAAAAUUCAUGAAGUCAGGCUCACAGCCUUGUGAACAGGAGCGAUACGGACACGUUUGUUACCGGAUACUUCCCUCCGCCUUGCAGGGAAGUAUUAUUGUUGUUAAUAUUAGGAGGACAUUGUUGUUCAUAUUAGGAGUGUCACGAUACCACGCUCUAAACGACCCAUAUCGUACCGAUUUGCGUCCGAUAUCAACAGGAAUCGUGCCCGUAUUGGUUUUUUUUAUCGCCAUGAUUGGACAUCGUCGUGACUUUUUUUAAAACGAAGAGCAAAAGUUGGCUUAAAUUUUUUUGUUUUUCGGAUCGGGACAAUUCAUGAAGUCAGGCUCACGUUCUUGUGAAGUGGAGGAAUACGGACACAUUUGUUACCGAUUACUUCCCUCCGCCAUGGAGGGAAGUAUCAUUGGUGUUCAUAUUAGGAGUGUCACGAUACCACUCUCUCGACGACCAGUAUCGUACCAAUGUCUGUCCGAUAUCAACAGGAAUCGUGCCCGUAUUGUUUUUUUAUCGUCAUGAUCCGACAUCAUAGCGACGUUUGUAAAAAUGAAGCGCAAACUUCAAGUUUUUGUUUUUCGGGUUGUGACAAUUCAUGAAGUCAGGCUCAUGGCCUUGUGAAAUGGAGCGAUACGGACAUGUUUUUUACCCGAUACUUAAGUAUCAUUGUUGUUAAUAUUAGGAAUCAUUGUUGUUAAUAUUAGGAGGACAUUGUUGUUAAUAUUAGGAGUGUCACAAUACCACUCUCUCGACGACCCGUAUCGUACCAAUGUCCGUCCGAUAUCAACAGGAAUCGUGCCCGUAUUGUUUUUUUAUCGUCAUGAUCCGACAUCAUAGCGACGUUUGUAAAAAUGAAGAGCAAACUUAAAGUUUUUGUUUUCCGGGUUGUGACAAUUCAUGAAGUCAGGCUCACAGCAUUGUGAAGUGGAGCGAUACAGACACGUUUGUUACCGGAUACUUCCCUCCGCCUUGGAGGGAAGUAUCAUCGUUGUUAAUAAUAGGAGGACAUUGUUGUCAGUAAUAGGAGUGUCACGACACCACGCUCUAAACAACCCGUAUCGUACCAAUGUCCGUCCGAUAUCAACAGGAAUCGUGCCCAUAUUGUUUCCUAUCGCCAUGAUCCAACAUCGUAGCGACUUUUGUAAAAAUGAAGAGUAAACUUCAAAUUUUUGUUUUCGGGUUGUGACAAUUCAUGAAGUCAGGCUCACGGCCUUGUGAAGUGGAGCGAUACGGACAUGUUUGUUACCGGAUACUUCCCUCCGCCUUGGAGGGAAGUAUCAUUGUUGUUAAUAUUAGGAGGACAUUGUUGUCAGUAUUAGGAGUGUCACGAUACCACGCUCUAAACGACCCGUAUCGUACCAAUGUCCGUCCGAUAUCAACAGGACUCGUCCCCGUAUUGUUUCCUAUCGCCACGAUCUGACAUCGUAGCGACUUUUUUAAAAAUGAAGAGCAAACUUCAAGUUUUUGUUUUUCGGGUUGGGACAAUUCAUGAAGUCAGGGUCACGACCUUGUGAAGUGGAGCAAUACGGACAUGUUUGUUACCGGAUACUUCCCUCCGCCUUGAAGACUUUGUGCGUGUGCGUAAAAGAUGCGACUAGAAUGAUUUUUGACGUGUUUAUAUUGACGACUGUUUCGUUGUUCGAUGAUUAUUACCUGUCUCUAGCUCGUGCGCUAUUGUGUGCUUAGCCGUCGUGUAUCUGCUCGCGCCCAGUAGCCUGGCAUGUUUACCUUUUUGGAAAUGGAAGAAGAAAAAAAACGAUAUGGGAAAGAGGACGUUUUAGACGUCAACCGUCUUCGCACAAGCAAACGCGCUGCUUGCGUCGCACAUGAUGUCGCGCAAGUUAAAGACGCUGCUCGUAUCGCACGUGUUAUCGCACAUUUGACAUGCAAGUGUGUUUUUUUUUUUUUUUUGAUGAUAUCGGAGCGACAUCAGGUGUAGAUACUGGAUGGUGACACCCCUAAUGACAACGUAUGACUAUUGAGGUGAUUUCAGCCUUUGCUUUUGUCACGCGUGCAAUAUUGUCGUGCUGAUUAGGGACAGGUAUCAUUUGUCGUUCUAUUUAUUGACAUGUUGCUUUCCUGUCUCACUUUGUGCUCAUCAGCAGGAAUGUCUUUGUGCUUCUGCAUGUUUGUGGUCAACCAUCUCUGCACAUUGUACAUCAACAUAGUAGUUAACAUUCUCUGCACAAUGUACAACAACAUAGUAGUUAACAUUCUCUGCAUAUUGUACAACAUAGUAGUUAAUGUUCUCUGCACAUUGUACAUCAACAUAGUAGUUAAUGUUCUCUGCACAUUGUACAACAUAGUAGUUAACGUUCUCUGCACAUUGUACAACAUAGUAGUUAACGUUCUCUGCACAUUGUACAACAUAGUAGUUAAUGUUCUCUGCACAUUGUACAUCAACAUAGUAGUUAAUGUUCUCUGCACAUUGUACAACAUAGUAGUUAACGUUCUCUGCACAUUGUACAACAACAUUGUAGUUAACAUUCCCUGCACAUUGUACAACAACGCAGUAGUUAACGUUCUCUGCACAUUGUACAACAACAUUGUAGUUAACAUUCCCUGCACAUUGUACAACAACGCAGUAGUUAAUGUUCUCUGCACAUUGUACAACAACAUAGCAGUUAACGUUCUCUGCACAUUGUGCAACAUAGUAGUUAAUGUUCUCUGCACAUUGUACAACAACAUAGCAGUUAACGUUCUCUGCACAUUGUACAUCAACAACAUAGUAGUUAACGUUCUCUGCGCAUUGUACAACAUUGUAGUUAACGUUCUCUGCACAUUGUACAACAACAACAUAGUAGUUAACAUUCUCUGCACAUUGUACAACAUUGUAGUUAACAUUCUCUGCACAUUGUACAACAACACAGUAGUUAAUGUUCUCUGCACAUUGUACAACAACAUAGUAGUUAACGUUCUCUGCACAUUGUACAAUAUAGUAGUUAACAUUCUCUGCACAUUGUACAACAACAUAGUGGUUAACAUUCUCUGCACAUUGUACAACAUAGUACUUAACGUUUCUGCACAUUGUACAACAUAGUAGUUAACGUUCUCUGCACAGUGUUCAUCAACAUAGUAGUUAACGUUCUCUGCACAUUGUACAUCAACAUAGUAGUUAAUGUUUUCUGCACAUUGUACAACAUAUUAGUUAACAUUCUCUGCACAUUGUACAACAUAGUACUUAACGUUCUCUACACAUUGUACAACAUAGUAGUUAACGUUCUCUGCACAUUGUACAACAACAUAGUAGUUAACGUUCUCUGCAAAUUGUACAACAUAGUAGUUAACGUUCUCUGCACAUUGUACAAGAACGCAGUCAAUAACAUUCUCUGCACAUUGUACAACAUAGUAGUUAACAUUCUCUGCACAUUGUACAAUAUAGUACUUAAUGUUCUCUACACAUUGUACAACAUAGUAGUUAACGUUCUCUGCACAUUGUACAACAACAUAGCAGUUAACGUUCUCUGCACACUGUACAAGAAUGCAGUCAAUAACGUUCUCUGCACAUUGUACAUCAACAUAGUCGUUAACGUUCUCUGCACAUUGUACAACAUAGUAGUUAACGUUCUCUGCACAUUGUACAAGAACGCGGUCAAUAACGUUUUCUGCACAUUGUACAACAUAGUCGUUAACGUUCUCUGCAGAUUGUACAACAACAUUGUAGUUAACGUUCUCUGCACAUUGUACAUCAACAUAGUAGUAAUCGUUCUCUGCACAUUGUACAACAUAGUAGUUAACGUUCUCUGCACAUUGUACAACAUAGCAGUUAACAUUCUCUGCACAUUGUACAUCGACAUAGUCGUUAACGUUCUCUGCACAUUGUACAUUUACAUAGCAGUUAACGUUCUCUGCACAUUGUACAACACACAGUAGUAGUUCAUGUUCUCUGCACAUUGUACAACAACGUAGUAGUUAACGUUCUCUGCACAUUGUACAUCAACAUAGUAGUUAACGUUCUCUGCACAUUAUACAACAUAGUAGUUAACAUUCUCUGCACAUUGUACAUCAACAUAGUCGUUAACGUUCUCUGCACAUUGUACAACAACAUAGCAGUUAACGUUCUCUGCACAUUGUACAACAUAGUAGUUAACGUUCUCUGCACAUUGUACAACAUUGUAGUUAACAUUCUCUGCACAUUGUACAACAACAUAGUAGUUAACAUUCUCUGCACAUUGUACAACAACAUAGUAGUUAACGUUCUCUGCACAUUGUACAACAACAUAGUAGUUAACGUUCUCUGCACAUUGUACAUCAACAACAUAGUAGUUAACAUUCUCUGCACAUUGUACAUCAACAUAGUCGUUAACGUUCUCUGCACACUGUACAACAACAUAGCAGUUAACGUUCUCUGCACAUUGUACAACAUAGUAGUUAACGUUCUCUGCACAUUGUACAACAUUGUAGUUAACAUUCUCUGCACAUUGUACAACAACAUAGUAGUUAACAUUCUCUGCACAUUGUACAACAACAUAGUAGUUAACGUUCUCUGCACAUUGUACAUCAACAACAUAGUAGUUAACAUUCUCUGCACAUUGUACAACAACAUAGUGGUUAACAUUCUCUGCACAUUGUACAACAACAUAGUGGUUAACAUUCUCUGCACAUUGUACAACAACAUAGUAGUUAAUGUUCUCUGCACAUUGUACAUCAACACAGUGUUAGUAGACGUGCAAUCCAUCUUCCAAACGCUGAAAUUAAGUCUUCUGUUGUUAUUCAGCUCUUAGAUCCACUCAAUGUCCAUUUAGGAAUAUAAAUAUAAAUAUAAAUAUAUAUAUAUAUAAAUACUUACAAGGGGAAGAAAGCCCGGAAUGUGUGUACAUAUUUUAAUAAAGGAAUAUACUUCUCUUUGGACUCAACACAAAUAUUUUGCUGGAUAAGCACAUGAAAAAAAAGAUUUAAAAAAAAAAAGAAGAUAGUCUUUCAGGAAAUGCGGUUGAAGCCCGAAGAUGUAAAAGAAAGAAAAUAUAUGAAGAAAUAAGUUUGUACAAUAAGAGUUUGUUAUUAGCCUGCGCAUUGUUGUAACAUUCAGGUCGCACUUUGUGUCGUCACAUAUCACACACACACCAUGUCUUGUAUCAUUUGUGUCGUCACAUAUCACACACACACCAUGUCUUGUAUCAUUUGUGUCGUCACAUAUCACACACACACCAUGUCUUGUAUCAUUUGUGUCGUCACAUAUCACACACACACCAUGUCUUGUAUCAUUUGUGUCGGCACAUAUCACACACACACCAUGUCUUGUAUCAUUUGUGUCGUCACAUAUCACACACACACCAUGUCUUGUAUCAUUUGUGUCGUCACAUAUCACACACACACCAUGUGUUGUAUCAUUCCCAUGUUGUUAGUCUGCAGGAGGAAGAAAUAACUACAAAGUACUGCAUGAUUAUGAACAUGAUCAUGAUUACGAUCAUGACUAGGAUUAUCAUUAUGACUAUGAUUACGAUUAUGACUAUGAUUAUCAUUAUGACUAUGACUACGAUUAUGACUAUGAUUAUGACUCAUUAUCAUUGUGAGUAUGAUUAUGAACGUGAUUAUGAUUACAAUUAUGACUAUGGUUGUCAUUAUGACUAUCAUUAUGAUCGUGAUUAUGAUUACGAUUAUGACUCAUCAUUAUGAUUAUGACUGUUUAUGAUCGUGAUUAUGAUUACAAGUAUGAUGAUGGUUAUCAUUAUGACUGAUUAUGAACGUGAUUAUGAUUAUGACUACGAUUAUGACUAUGAUUAUAACUCAUUAUCAUUAUGAGUAUGAUUAUGAACGUGAUUGUGAUUAUGACUACGGUUAUCGCUAUGACUAUCAUUAUGAUCGUGAUUAUGAUUACGAUUAUGACUCUUCAUUAUGAUUAUGACUGUUUAUGAUCGUGAUUAUGAUUACGAUUAUGACUAUGGUUAUCAUUAUGACUAUUAUGAUCGUGAUUAUGAUUAUGACUACGAUUAUGACUAUGAUUAUAACUCAUUAUCAUUAUGAGUAUGAUUAUGAACGUGAUUGUGAUUACGAUUAUGACUACGGUUAUCAUUAUGACUAUCAUUAUGAUCGUGAUUAUGAUUACGAUUAUGACUCAUCAUGAUUAUGACUAUGAUUGUGAUCGUGAUUAUGAUUACGAUUAUGACGAUGGUUAUCAUUAUGACUGUGAUUAUGAAUGUGAUUAUGAUUACGAUUAUGACUAUGAUUAUGACUCUUUAUCAUCAUUACUAUGAUUAUGAACGUGAUUAUGACUAUGGUUAUCAUUAUGACUAUGAUUAUGAACGUGAUUAUGAUUACGAUUAUGACUAUGAUUAUGACUCAUUAUUAUGAGUAUGAUUAUGAACGUGAUUAUGAUUAUGACCAUGGUUAUCAUUAUGUUUAUGAUUGUGACUAUGGUUAUCAUUAUGAUUAUGACUGUGAUUAUGACUCAUCAUUACGAGUAUGAUUAUAAUUGAUUAUGAACGUGAUUAUGAUUACAAUUAUGACUAUGCUUAUCAUUAUGACUAAUUAUGAUCAUGAUUAUGAUUAUGAAUCAUUAUGAGUAUGAUUAUGAACGUGAUUAUGAUUACGGCUAUGACUAUGGUUAUCAUUAUGACUAUGAUUAUUAUCGUGAAUAUGAUGAUGAUUACUAUUAUGACUAUGGUUAUCAUUAUGACUAUGAUCAUGAUUAUGCUUAUGACUCAUCAUUAUGAGUAUGAUUAUGAUUGUGAUUACGAUUAUGACUAUGGUUAACAUUAUGACUAUGAUUGUGAUCUUGAUUAUGAUUAUGACUAUGAUUAUGACUCAUUAUGAGUAUGACUAUGAUUAUGAACGUGAUUAUGAUUACGAUUAUGACUAUAGUUAUCAUUAUGACUAUGAUUAUGAUCGUUAUUAUGAUUACGAUUAUGACUAUGAUUAUCUUGAUUAUGAUCGUGAUUAUGAUUACGAGUAGGACUAUGAUUAUCAUGAUUAUGAUCGUGAUCAUGAUUAUGGCUAUGGUUAUCAUUAUGACUAUGAUUAUGAUUGUGAUUAUGAUUUUGACUCAUUAUCAUGAGUAUGAUUAUGACUAAUUAUGAUUAUCAUUAUCGUUAUCAUUAUGAUUAGACUUUGAUUAUGAUGGUGAUUAUGAUUAUGUUGAUUGUGAUGAUGUUUAUGGUGGUGAUUAUGAUUCUAAAUAAUGAUUAUGAUUCUCUAUAAUGUUUAUGAUCCUUGAUUAUGAUUACGAUGCAUCACUCGUCCUUUUCACUGUGAGCUGAAAAAGGAAGAAAAAUCAGCCUAUUGAUUGACUGUUUUUUAAUGAUGAUUAUUGUUGGUUUUCUAUGUGGGGUUUUUUGUUAAUAUUUGUCUUGUCGCGUUUGUGCUGUCAGCAUGUGUUCAACAACAACAUUUUUAAUAUUCGCCUCAUAAACAUAAACAACAAAGUAACUGUGUACGUCACAAACAUAAACAACAAUGUUGUGUACGCCACAAACAUAAACAACAAAGUUAUUAUGUACGUCACAAACAAACACCAAAGUUAUUAUGUGCGUCACAAACAAACAAUGCAUGGUGUAUGUCACAAACAUAAACAACAAAGUUAUUGAUUGAGUCAUGAACAUAAACAAGUUUUUGUGUGUGUCACAAACAUAAACAACAAAGUUAUUAAUUGAGUCAAUAACAUAAACAAGUUAUUGUGUAUGUCACAAACAUAAACAACAAAGUUGUUAAUUGAGUCAUGAACAUAAACAUAAACAACAAAGUUAUUCAGAAAGAACAAUGCUGUGUACCUCAUAAACUUAAACAAGUUAGUGUGUACAUCACAAACAUAAACAAGUUAUUGUGUACGUCACAAAUAUAAACAAGUUAUUGUGUACGUCACAAACAAAUUAUUUUAUUGUGUACGUCACAAACAUAAACAACAAACAUUUUAAUUGGGUCACGAACAUAAACAAGUUAUUGUGUACAUCACAAACAAACUAUUUUAUUGUGUGUGUCACAAACAUAAAUAACAAAGUUAUUAAGUGAGUCAUGAACAUAAACAAGUUAUUGUUUAUGUCACAAACAUAAAGAACAAUGUUGUGUACCUCAUAAACUUAAACAAGUUAUUGUGUACGUCACAAACAUAAACAAGUUAUUGUGUACGUCACAAACAUAAACAAGCUAUUGUGAACAUCACAAACAAACUAUUUUAUUGUGUACGUCACAAACAUAACCAACAGAAUUUUUAAUUUGGUCACAAACAUAAGCAAGUUACUGUGUACAUCACAAACAAACUAUAAACAACAAUGUUGUGUACGUCACAAACAAACAACAAUGCUGUUGUGUACGUCACAAACAAUAUUAUUGUGUACGUCACAAAUAUAAACAAGUUAUCGUGUAAGUCACAAACAUAAACAAUGCCAUUGUGUACGUCACAAACAUAAACAACAAUGCUGUUGUGCAUGUCGCAAACAAUGUUACUGUGUACGUCACAAACAUAAACAAGUUAUUGUGUACAUCGCAAACAAACAACAAAAUUACUGUGUAUGUCACAAACAGGUUAUUGUGUACAAUACAAACAUUAACAAGGUAUUUUUACGCUAAAAACAAACAACAAUAUUGUGUACGUCACAAACAUAAACAAGGUAUUGUGUACGUCACAAACAUAAACAACAAUUUUGUUGUGUAUGUCACAAACAAUGUUAUUGUGUAUGUCACAAACAUAAACAGCAAAGUUAUUAAUUACGUCAUGAACAUAACCAAGUUAUUGUGUAUGUCACAAACAUAACAAUAAUGUUGUGUAUGUCAUAAACAAGUUAUUGUGUAUGUCACAAACAUAAACAACUAUUUUUUGUGUAUGUCACAAACAAUGUUAUUGUGUACAUCACAAACAUAAACAAUGUAUUGUGUACGUCACAAACAAACAAUGUUAUAGCGUACGUCACAAACAAAAAUUUUUUAUUGUGUAUGUCACAGAUUUAAACCACCAAGUUAUAAAUUAUGUCAUGAACAUAAACAAGUUAAUGUGUAUGUCACAAACAUAAACAACAAUUUUGUUGUGUAUGUCACAAACAAUGUUAUUGUGUACGUCACAAACAAACAAAGUUAUGUGCAUCGCAAACAAUGUAUUGUAUAGGUCGCAAACAUAAACAACAAAGUUCUCAAUUACGUCAUGAACAUAAACAAGUUAUUGUGUAUGUCAAACAUAACAAUAAUGUUGUGUAUGUCGUAAACAAGUUAUUGUGUACAUCACAAACAUAAACAAUUUUGUUGUGUACGUCACAAACAAUGUUAUUGUGUACAUCACAAACAUAAACAACAAAGUUAUUAAUUGUGUCAUGAACAUAAACAAGAUAUUGUGUAUGUCACAAACAUAAACAACAAUGUUGUGUAUGUCACAAACAUAAAAAACAAUGCUGUUGUGUACGUCACAAACAAUGUUGUUGUGUACUUCACAAACAUAAACAAGUUAUUGUGUAAGUCACAAACAUAAACAACAAUAUUGUUGUGUAUGUCACAAACAAGUUUUUGUGUACUACACGAACAUAAACAAGGUAUUGUGUACGUCACAAACAAACAUGUUAUUUUCUACGUGACAAACAUAAACAACAAUGUCAUUGUGUACGUCACAAGUAUAAACAAGUUAUUGUGUUCAUCACAAACAUAAACAAAGUAUUGUGUAUGUCACAAACAUAAACAACAAUGUUGUUGUGUAUUUCACAAACAUAAACAACAAUGUUGUUGUGUAUGUCACAAACAUAACCAAGUUAUUGUGUACAUUGCAAACAAACAACAAUAUUAUUGUGUAUGUCACGAACAAGUUCUUGUGUAAAACAUAAACAAGAUUAUUGUGUAUGUCACAAACAUAAACAACAAUGCUGUUGUGUAUGUCACAAACAUAAGCACGUUUUUGUGUACGUCACAAACAUAAACAACAUUGUUUUGUUUACAUCACAAACAAUGAUAUUUUGUACUUCACAAAUAUAAACUAUGUAUUGUGUACAUUGCAAACAAACAACAAUAUUAUUGUGUACGUCACAAACAUGUUUUUGUGUACAUCACAAACAACAAUUUUGUUGUGUACGUCAAAAACAUAAACAAGUUAUUGUGUUUGUCACAAACAAGCAACGUAAUUUUGUACAUCACAAACAUAAAUGACAACGGUAUUGUGUACGUCACAAACAUAAACAAGUUAUUGUGUACGUUACAAACAACUAUGUUGUUGCGUACAUCACAAACAUAAACAACAAUGUCAUUGUAUAUGGCAAAAACUAAGUUAUCAUGUACACCGCCAACAUAAACAACAAAGAUAUUGUGUAUGUAACAAAUAAAAUGUUAGUGUACGUCACAAACAUAAACAAGUUUAUUGUGUGUCACAAACAUAAACAACAAAGGUAUUGUGUAUGUCACAAACACAACAUUAUUGUGUACGUCAUAAACAAAAUGUUUGUGUACGUCACAAACAUAAAGAAAGUUGUUGUGUACGUCACAGACAUAAACAAAAUGUUUGUGUACGUCACAAACAAACACAAUGUUUGUGUAUGUCAUAAACAUUAAAAAAAUGUUUGUGUACGUCACAAACAUAAACAAUGUUAUUGUGUACGUCACAAACAUAAACAAAGUUAUUGUGUACGUCACAAACAUGAACAAAGUUAUUGUGUAUGUCACAAACAACGUUAUUGUUUAUGUCAUUAACAUAAAGACAAUUAUUGUGUACGUCACAAACAUAAAUAAAUGUAUUGAGUACGUCAAAGACAUAAACAAAAAAGUUAUUGUGUACCACACAAACAAAAUGUUUGUUUACGUCACCAACAUAAACAAAAUGUUUGAGUACGUCACUAACAUAAACAAAGUUAUUGUAUACAUCACAAACAAACACAAUGUUUGUGUACGUCACAAACAUAAACAAAAUGUUUGUGUACGUCACAAACAUAAACAAAGUUAUUGUGUACAUCACAAAGUUAUUGUGUACAUCACAAACAAACAACAAAGUUAUUGUGUACAUCACAAACAAAGUUACUGUGUACUUCACAAAUAUAAACAACAAAGUUAUUGUGUAUGUCACAAACAAACAUCAAAGUUAUUGUGUAUGUCACAAACAUAACAUUAUUGUGUAUGUCAUAAACAAAAUGUUUGUUUAUGUCACAAACAAAAAAAAUGUUUGUGUAAGUCACAAACAUAAGCGGCAAAGUUAUUGUAUAUUUCACAAACAUAACGUUAUUGUGUAACAUCAUAAACAAAAUGUUUGUGUUCGUCACAAACAAACAUAAUUAUUGUGUACGCCACAAACAAAGUUAUUGUGUACGUCACAAACAUACACAAACGUUUGUGUACGUCACAAACAUAAACAAAGUUAUUGUGUACAUCACAAACAUAAACAGCAAAUUUAUUGUGUACGUUACAAACAUAAACAAAGUUAUUGUGUACGUCACAGACAAACCGAGUUUUUGUGUACAUCACAAACAAAAAAAUUAUUGUGUACGUCACAAACCUAAACAACAGAGUUAUAUUGUGCAUCACAGACAUAAACAACAAAGUAUUUGUGUACGUUACAAACAUAAACAAAUGUAUUGUGUACGUCACAGACAAACUACGUUUUUGUGUACGUCACAGACAAAAUAAGUUUUUUGUGUACGUCACAAACAAAACAAUUAUUGUUUAUGUCAUAAACAUAAACAAAGUUAUUGUGUACGUCACAAACAUAAACACAAUUAUUAUGUACGUCACAAACAAACAAAAUUAUUAUGUACGUCGCGAACACCAAAGUCAGUGUGUACAUCACACACAUAAAAAAGGCUUAUUGUGUACGUCACGAACAUAAACAAAUUGUUUGUGUAUGUCAGAAACAUAAACAGUUAUUGUGUAUCUCACAAACAUAAACAAAGUUAUUGUGUACGUUACAAACAUAAACAAUGUUACUCUGUACAUCACGGACAUAAACAACAAAGUUAUUGUGUACGUUACAAACAUAAACAAAGUUAUUGUGUACGUCACAAACAAAACAGUUAUUGUGUACGUCACAAACAUAAACAAAAUGUUUGUGUAUGUCACAAACAUAAACAAAGUUAUUGUGUACGUCACAAAUAUAAACAAAAUUAUUUUGUACGUCACAAACAAAGAAAGUUAAUGUGUACAUCACACACAUAAACAACAAAGUUAUUGUGUACGUUACAAACAUAAACAAAGUUAUUAUGUAUGUCACAAACAAAAAAUUAUUGUGUAUGUCACAAACAUAAACAAAAUUGUGUGUACGUCACACACAUAAACAAAGUUAUUGUUUACGUCACAAACAUAAACUAAAUUAUUAUGUACGUCACAAACAAACAAAAUUCUUAUGUACGUCACAAACAAAGUUAGUGUGUACAUCACACACAUAAAAAAAGCUGAUCGUGUACGUCACAAACAUAAACAAAAUGUUUGUGUACUAUACAAACAUAACAGUUAUUGUGUACGUGACAAACAUAAACAAAGUUAUUGUGUACGUUACAAACAUAAACAAAGUUAUUGUGUACAUCACGGUCAUAAGCAACAAAGUUAUUGUGUACGUUACAAACAUGAACAAAGUUAUUGUGUACGUCACAGACAAACUAAGUUUUUGUGUACGUCACAAACAAAACAAUUAUUGUGUACGUCACAAACAUAAACAAAGUUAUUGUGUACGUCACAAACAUAAACAAAAUUAUUAUGUACGUCACAAACAAACAAAAUUAUUAUGUAUGUCACAAACAUAUACAAAAUGUUUGUGUAUGUCACAAACAUAAACAAAAUUAUUAUGUACGAAACAAACAUAAACGACAAAGUUAGUGUGUACGUCACAAACAUAAACAGUUAUUGUAUAUGUCAGGCAUAAACAACAAAGUUAUUGUGUACAUCACAAACAUAAACAAUAAAUAGUUAUUGUUUACGUCACAAACAUAAACUAAAUUAUUGUGUACGUCACAAACAUAAACAAAGUUAUUGUGUACGUCACAAACAUAAACAAAAUUAUUAUGUACGUAACAAACAUAAACGACAAAGUUAGUGUGUACGUCAGGCAUAAACAACAAAGUUAUUGUGUACGUCACAAACAUAAACAAAAUUAUUAUGUGCGUCACAAACAUAAACGACAAAGUUAGUGUGUACGUCAUGAACAUAAACAAAAUUAUUAUGUACGUCACAAACAUAAACAAAGUUAUUGUGUACGUCACAAACAUAAACAAAAUUAUUAUGUACGUAACAAACAUAAACGACAAAGUUAGUGUGUACGUCACAAACAUAAACGACAAAGUUAGUGUGUACGUCACGAACAUAAACAACAAAGUUAGUGUGUACGUCACGAACAUAAACGACAAAGUUAGUGUGUACUGUACGUCACAAACAAAGUUAUUUUGUCUGUCACCGACAUAAACAACAUGCACUUCCUCCCUGGGCUGAGGGCUUUUAUUUUGUAAAUAUGUUGAACGUUGAAAGUGUUGUGUCCUCCCAAGGUGUCGAGGACCAAGAUGGCGCUGAAAGAGGUGUAAAUAUUGUCAAUAUGAUGCAAUCUAUUCUAUUCAACUUGUACAAACAUGGACCGAUGAAGCUCAACAUAUCAGAACAAUUCCUUCAAAGUCCCAAACACAAAAAAAGCACACACACACACACACACACACACACACACACACACACACACACACACACACCUUACAUUGUUUGUGUGCUGUGGGACUCAUUGAAAGGGAAACCACAUGUUUGUUCUGUUUGUACAGUAGUGAGUGACUUCAGCGCCCAGUUAUUGUACAACUUCUACUGUGACAAUGUGGACAAGACAAAAUAAACAACUAUAUGACGGA